AUGAAGGACUGGCAAGAAAUAUUAAGAUUAUAUGAAAAGGAUAAUGUAUAUCUUGCAGAGGUUUCUCAAAUACUUAUAAGAAACGUUAACUAUGAAAUUCCAAGUACUAAGAAGCAAAUUCAAAAGUUAGAGCAAGUUCAAGCUGAUUUAGAGAAGAAAGAGGCAGACUAUAAAAAAUCAGAAAAUGCAGCUAGGUCAGAAUUUAAUUCACUUUGUAAGCAGUUAGGUAUACCAGGAGAGCAAAUUAAGCAGAAAUUAGCUGAGAAAGUAAAAGAACUUCCAGAAAUUUAUGAAAAAAUAGCUAAAAAAACAAAAUUAUUAGAAAAAGCUGUGGAAUUUUAUUGCGGUUUUGUUAAUUAUACUCUUGGUAGAGAACAUGAUGGUGGUUGUGUUCCUAUAGUGAAAUACAUAAUUGAUAAAGGAAACACUACUACAUACGAAUGGAUUUAUGGAGAAGCUCCAUUAUCAAUUAGCGAACCACCUUUAAACAUAAACUUAGAUAAUGAAGAUUUAGAGAAAAAGAAAGUUGUGGAUGUCGAUAAUACUGGAAUUGAUUUUGGAGAAAUUGGUAUAAAUUUCGGCGAUGUUAAUUUGGAUGUUGGAGGCGAAAUCGAUUGGGGCGAUGGAAAUGUAGAAGAAGUUCUUGCUGAAGAUAUUGAUUAUAAUAUUUCUUUAGAAGAAUCUGGUAUAGUGGUGGAAGCAGUCGGUCAUGAAGGUGGAAAUGCUACUGGUUCCGAAGCAUAUACAAUUCUUGACAACCCAUCUACUAGAAAUGAUUUUAUUAACCAGUUAUUUGAGCUAGAAGCAUUUCUUAAAUUACGCUUAUAUGAGUUUAAAGGAGAUAACAAUGUAAAUUUCCUAAGCUUCAGUCAGUUGCAAGAUUCGUCUUCUAUUGUACAAAAUUCCACACUGGAAAAUAGUCAAAAUAUGUUAGAUAACAUACAAGUUAUUUUAUCUGAAAUUUUGAAUACUAAAAUUCAGCAUUUACACAACAUCAAACAUUCUGUAAGAUACGUAGAUGUUUUAACUUCAUCAUUAAAACAAAAAUUAAGUUUGGUUGAUAAAAUGAUAGUUUUACAAAACUCUAUGAGAGAAAAACGAGAAAACUUCGCAAAAGAAGUUUCUACCGUUCGACCUCUUCUUCAACUUCUUAUACAAAGAACAAAAGAAUUACAAACAGAGAUUUUGCACCAAUCUCCAAGGUGAAGAAGUACAUACAGCUUUGGUCGUUGGGCACGGAUAACGUUUUAAACAUUCGGCGAAUGAACGAUCGCAUUCGCAUAAUCGCUGAGCACAUGAUCCAGAUCCUCCCCAGUUUCCAUGCUCAACAGCUACAAUAG